AUGGCGGACGACGUGGAGCAGCAACCAAACACCAACACAGUAGAGGAACCACUCGAUCUGAUCAGACUGAGUCUAGACGAGAGGAUCUACGUCAAGAUGAGGAACGACCGUGAGCUACGUGGACGACUGCAUGCAUAUGAUCAGCACUUGAACAUGAUACUCGGUGACGUGGAAGAGACCGUGACCACGGUGGAGAUCGAUGAGGAGACUUAUGAAGAACUUUACAAGGCAUCCAUAAUUGGUCAUGCUAUUUAG